CUGGUCCAAACUUGUAGCAGGCUCCGCCCCUACCAAUGCUUCGACGUGUUGGGACUUCGCGUCUUUAACUUUACAAGCAUCUCGAAGAGUGGAAGGGGGGAAAGGAGCGAAAGACGAGAGGGAGCUUUAAAACAAAAAAUCAGGAGUCGCACGGUGAAUAAAAGCUGCUGUGCAGCCACCGCAGGUCUGUCAAGCUUCUUUUUAAAAAAAAGUCCGUCGGAUGUCUAUUAGUUUUUUUUUUUUUUUUACGGAUGAAGUUGUACGUGGAAAGCGAAUGAUUGUUGAAACGAGAGUUACCAGAGAGGGGAGGAGGUUGCUGUUGGAUAUCUGAUAGGGUUCCUGGUCUGCUUUCCUUGUUUUUUCUUCCGUUUCACGCACGGAUUAAACGGACAGAAAAGUUUGGCGGUCUACGUCACGAACUCGAGUCGAGUUUUCCCCAAAGAUCUUUAUGUCGGGAAUGUGUUGUUGAGCAGCCGAAGAGAGAGAGAGAGAGAGAGAGAGAGAGAGAGAAGUGUUGUACUGUAAUCUUGGUGCGAGAAUGGCGCUGAAGGCCAGGGUGUUGUACGACUUCCACUCGGAGAACCCAGGGGAGAUCUCCAUUAGUGAGAACGAGCUGGUGAGCCUGUUCAGCGAGGAGGAGCUGGAGGGCUGGUUGGAGGGGAAGAACAGCAGAGGGGACGUCGGUCUCAUCCCGGCCUCCUACGUGGAGAUCAUCAGGGACAACAAAACCUCCAAGAACAACAACGGUUUGUCCUCUCCCAAAGUUGUCACCCCGACCCACACCACCUAUUCUCAGCGAGGACCCGAGGCGGGCAGCGUCGGCAGCGGCGGGGGCAGCUUCCACACCAGCCAGGGCAGCGAUGACGACUGGGACGACGACUGGGAUGACGGCUCCCCGGCCACUGAAGCCCCACGGGGUCUGGGUACCUCGCCCCCUUCUCUGUACCCGGUGACCACCUCCCUGCCGGCCCGGCGCAGCAGCUCCAUGCAACCUCAGGCCAAGAGCUCGGCCACCGUGGGGAGGAACCUGAACAGGUUCUCCACUUUCGUCAAAUCUGGAGGGGAGGCCUUCCUCCUUGGGGAGGCGGCCGCUUUCGUCAAAGACGGGGACAGGAUCUGCGUGGUGACGGGCAAGCACGGGCCCGAGUGGCAGGACGACCCCUACCCCUUCACGUGCACCAUUGACGACCCAACCAAGCAGACCAAGUUCAAAGGCAUGAAGAGCUACAUGUCCUACGGCCUGACCCCCACGCACACUAAUGUUCAAGUCAACCGCAGGUACAAACACUUCGAUUGGCUGUACGCUCGGCUGGUGGAGCGUUUCCCGGUCAUCUCGGUGCCGCAUCUGCCGGAGAAGCAGGCCACUGGCCGCUUCGAGGAGGACUUCAUCUCCAAGCGACGGAAAGGCCUCAUUUGGUGGAUGAACCACAUGACAAGCCACCCUGUGCUGGCCCGCUGUGACGUCUUCCAACAUUUCCUCACGUGCGGGGCGGACGAAAAGGCCUGGAAACAGGGCAAGAGGAAGGCAGAGAGGGAUGAGCUGGUUGGGGCUAAUUUCUUUCUCACCAUCAGCACACCCGCCGUCCCACUUGACCUUCAGGAAGUGGAGAGCAAGAUCGAAGGCUUUAAGUCCUUCACGAAACGGAUGGACGAGAACAUCGUGGUUGUAAACACCACCAUCAAUGACUUUGCACGCAAGCAGAUGUCGGGAUUCAAGAAGGAGUACCACAAAGUCGGACAGUCCUUCAAACUUCUCUCACAGGCGUUCGAGCUGGACCAGCAGGCCUACUCGGUAGGUCUGAACAAGGCCAUUUCUUAUACUGGUGAUGCCUACGAGGCCAUCGGGGAUUAUUUCGCAGAUCAGCCACGCCAGGACCUGGAUCCUAUUUCUGAUCUGCUGGAUCUCUACAGAGGACAUCUGGCCAACUUUCCUGACAUCAUCCAUGUGCAGAAAGGUGCGCUGACCAAGGUGAAGGACUGUCCCGCGCAGGAGGGCGACCUCCACGACCGCUGCAACAUCAUCUCGUGCGCCACGCUGGCCGAGAUCCAGCAUUUUCACCGCACGCGCGUACGGGACUUUCGUGCGCAGAUGCAGCACCACCUCCGAGAGCAGAUUGGCUUCUUCCAGAAAAUCACAGCCAAGCUGGAGGAUGCGCUCCAGAGGUAUGACAGUGAGCAGUAGGAUAAAAACAAAAUCCUGGAGCGUUUAAAAAAAAAAAAAAAAAAAAAAAAAAAAAGAGGAGGCUGAAUUUAGAAUAGACUGAAGAGCAGAUGAAUGACUGAUAAAGCUUCUGUAAUGGAGCAUAUGUCAUGAAACACAUGUUAUGACUCCUGGACUAUAAUGUGAUGUAUGUAUCCACACACAUUUGACAUUUCAGUGGGAUUUGCAAUGUUCUCAAUAUGGUGGCCACAAGCUCUCGCCUGCUAUUUCCAUAAAUCAUCUGAACUUCAAAUGGACACUUCGCCCGUUUAAAGACUAGAUUAAUGGUGCUUUCUAUCACCAGGUGAAAAAGCGCAAAGGACACAGUAUUGGAUUACGCGACCAAAUGGCACAUGGAUAAAAGUACUGAUGAAUACUUAUUUUCUGUUUCCAAAAACUGAUAAGUCACCUACUAAGAUGAACAAAUGUUUUUUUUUUUUUAAAUCUUGUGUUAGGAGAAUUCCACAUAUGUUUUUGACGUUUGAGUCUUUAUGGAAUUGCAUGAAGAUAAGAUGCUUCUCUUAAACCAGGGGUCGGCAACCCGUGGUUCUCGAGCCGUGGGGCUCUUUCAUCCUUCUGUUGUGGCUCUCUGGUGACUUUGAAAUGAAAUACUGUGACAGUGAUAAGUUGUACAAGAAAACCAAAGUCCCAGAUGUAGAAUCACCAUGUAAUUCUUAGCUCAACGUCAUGUUGCUUACUGCGGACAUGACUGUGAUGUCAUUGUAGUGCAACGUUAUUGUAAUCCGACAGAUAAAUAAGACACACACUAAACAAAUUGCUGGUUACACAAACAUAACAUGGCGGCACAGGUAAAGCGUUGGUCUCACAGUUCUGAUGUCCCGGGUUCAAUCCCGCGGACCCGGCUGUGGGGUUUUCCUUCCACAUCCCAAAAACAUGCAACAUUAAUUGGACACUCUAAAUUGACCCGAGGUGUGAUUGUGAGGGUGGCUGUUUGUGCCCUGCAAUUGGCUGGCAACCAGUUCAGGGUGUACCCCGCUUCCUGCACGUUAACAGCUGGGAUAGGGUCCAGCACUCCCCGCGACCCUCGUGAGGAUAAGCGGCAAAGAAAAUGGAUGGAUGGAUGAACAUAAGAUGGAUGAAAAUUGUUGUCAUCCUUAUUGUAACGAAAUUUCAGCAUUGCAUUGCACAAUGUAUGCAGAGAACCACAUGACUUCACCUUUGCAAUAAUACUCAUAAUAUCCAUCCAUCCAUUUUCUUCGCCGCUUAUCCUCACAAGGGUCGCGCGGAGUGCUGGAGCCUAUCCCAGUUGUCAACGGCCAGGAGGCAGGGUACAUCCAGAACUGGUUGCCAGCCAAUUGCAGGGGAAAUACAGACAGACAACGAUCACACUCACAAUCACAACUAGGGGCAAUUUUGAGUGUCCAAUUAAUGUUGCAUGUUUUUGGGAUGUGGGAGGAAACCCGGAGAAAACCCAAACAGGCACUGGGAGAACAUGCAAACUCCACACAGCUGGGGGUGAGAUCGAACCUGGGUCCUCAAAACUGUGAGGCCAACGCUUUACCAGCUGAUCCACUGUCCUACCUACUCAUAAUAUUUUCCAACUUAUUUUACUUUGUUCCUUUUUUACUUGUAAUUCUAAAUUUGAUACAGAUAUCAUUUUUACUUAUUUAUUGUUGCACAAAACAUGCGUCACAUAUGGUGAUGUGGGACACUUCACAGCAAGAUUUAUUGAGCUAUAUUUCAUAUGUCAAACGGGUCUUGUGGCUCCUGGUGUUUUUUUUUUCCCAUGGGAAGUAAUCAAAACAGCUCUUUGAGUAUUUAAGAUUGCCGACCCCUGUCUUAACCAGCCUUCUUGAACCAAAACUGCAAGUGUGGAAACCGCCUACAGUCACUAGCGGCGUGGUAGUUUCCCCGGUCUGACUUCUGCGCAAGAAGUGUGGGUUCAAAUUCCGCUCAGUGACUGCGUAAACGUGAGAGUGAAAGGUCGUCUAGCGAUUAGCCCCGAGUGACGCAGCCCUGUGACGUACGUCAGAUCCCCGUCACCCUGGACUGGAUAAGCGGCGUAGAAAAAAUGGAUGGAUGGAUGUAAACCAUCUGAAGUGACUGUCAUUAUACAAAUGACCUUUGCAUGUCAUCGACAUCCAAUAAAAACACAUUAUAAAACUUUUUUUUUCUGAAUGGAAAUACAAAGACAUUUUGGUGAUGCACGCUUUUUAUUGGCCAGUUAUGUCAUUUUUCUUUCAUUGACAGAGCAGCGCACGCUCGGACUGACUUCUCGUUUUAAAAAGCACACGUACGAUGUGGAGGUUGAAUCAUAUGAUAUCGUUUUUGCUUUUACGCACGCCGGUGAGGUCAGAGUAGGAAUUUUUGAAACUUUGUCUGCCACUUUGUUUUAUCAUUCCACUGGAAUUUACCAGUUAAACAUUUAUGCUAUUCGAAAUAACCGGCGUCAUUAUUGUUUGCUUCUUACAUUGUUUUUUUUUUUUUUUGUGUGAUACUGUAUUUUAUUAUUUCAGGUUUGUGUUCACAUUCCUGGGAAUUAACCCGUUGAUGUUUGUUAAAGGGGCCAUUGCAGUUGUUCAUGGGGUGCACAUGUGUUCCAUGUAUUACAAGACACUAUUUCCAUAAAUAAAUGGAUAUAGAACAUAGCUCAAUCAUGUCUUUGUCUCUACACUUACACAGCUUUUGUGCUUAUCACCAUCCCCCCAUCAGUCUUUAUAAAUUAUUCUUUUAAUACCAAUGCUGAACUUUCUGGUGUUGUUAUAAAUCUAAAAUUAUAACAACAGGAGAACUCACGUUCGAAAUUCUCCGUGGUAAAAAAAUCAAACAUUGUGGGUCUCUUGGCUUGUAAGUGACACCAGCAUUCAGAAAGUGCAGGUCACGUUACUCUUUAUUAUUUACUUUGCUUUCUUUCUCCUUCGUGCUUCCUUUUCUUUUUCCUGCGUUGAAUAAUAAGCCAUUCUUUAAUCAGGCUACUGCACAUACUCCUUUUCCUCUACUAUAGUUGUCGAAAAUGUCUGGUUUCUGAGAUGGAAUUGUUUUUCUGACUGGUUUCUAACAUUUACCAAACCCAAACGGAAGCCUGUAGAACCGGGUCGAACGUACACUCGUUGAUUCGUUUUGAAACAAAUUAAUCAUGUUUAACAGGCCUGCAGUAAAACCUUGUGUUUUUCCAAGCAGAAAAAAAAGGAAAAACAGAUAUGCAAACAAAGUCAAGAUAAACUUAUGGGAAAAUGUUGCCCUCUGACUAAAAGCAGAACAUCGAGGAUCAACAAAGCCCAUUCCGGGAUGAUAGUUGACAUCCAAUUUGUUAAAAAGUGCUUUUUUUUAUAGUAAGCAAUGGAGUCAUAAAACCUUUACAUAACAAUACAAGUGUUGUUUAUAGAAGAUAUUUGUGUUUUUUAUUUUAUUUUGUACACAAAUUGAAUCAUUUUUUUGUCUUAAUAAAUGCUUUGGUCAAAUAUUACAAGA